AUGUCUGACACUGAGGAAGUGUACGAGGCCCAGGAGGAGCUAGUAGAAGUAGAAGUAGCCCCUGAGGCGGAGGCCCAGGUAGAAGCAGAGCCAGAGGUAGAGCCUGAACCAGAGCCAGAACCAGAACCAGAGCCAGAGGAGGAAGACGCCUAUGAAGAGGAAGUGGAUGACGGAGAUCAAGAUGAGGAGAAGCCAAAAGUUAGACACUCCGCUCCGAAGAUGCCCGAUGGCGAGAAAGUAGACUUUGAUGACAUCCAGAAGAAACGUCAAAACAAAGACCUGGUGGAGCUGCAGUCGCUGAUCGAUGCUCACUUCGAGCACAGAAAGCAGGAGGAAGAGGAGCUCAUUGCUCUCAAAGAAAGAAUUGAGAAGCGCCGAGCCGAGCGAGCCGAGAUACAGAGGGUCCGUGCUGAGAAGGAUAAAGAGCGGCAGGCCAGGCGUGAGGCUGAACGGAUCAAAAGAGAGGAGGCCGACGCUCACAGGAAGUUUGAGGAUGACGCCAAGAAGAAGAUAGCACUGACAAGUAUGGGGUCGGGCUACAGCAGCCUCCUGCAACGGGCUGAAGCGAGGAGAGGCAAGAAGCAGACUGAAAGAGAGAAGAAGAAGAAGAUUUUGGCAGAGAGAAUCAAACCUCUGUCCGUCGACAAUCUCAACGAGGACAGUCUGAGGGAAAAGGCGAAGGAGCUGUGGGGCUGGCUGCACGACCUGGAGGCCAUUAAGUACGACUACAACGAGAGGCUCACGAGACAGCGAUAUGAGGUGAUCUCUCUCAGAAACCGCAUCGAUGAGCUGCAGAAACACAGCAAGAAGGGAGCCGCCUCGCGCCGCAGGAAGUGA